GAACACAAUAGGGUCGGUGGCUUGGUGAUGGACCAUAUUCCGAAAAAGGAAGAACAGUCUUUACAGUGUUUGGUGGAGGUCGGGUUGUAUUGCAGCCGCGGGCUUGGCCUUCCGGACGCCACGCAACAACCUAAAUAUGAAAGUUAGGAAGUACGAAGGCAGAAUAAUUAAGCAUUUUUGCAUUCGAAUAUUCCUACAUACUCACAUCCAACUUUCCCAGAUCUAAGUGACGAUGACGCAGAGCAAUGCGGAGUUCGGCGGGCAAAGCUAUGCAAGAAUCUUCCAUUAAAAUUCCUCUUGUCAUUCUCACUUCACCCGAAUCCUGUUCCUUCUCGUUAUUAUUGUCUUUUUGGCCCUCCUUUUACAUUGAAAGAAAACGUGAAAACUCGAUGUUGUGCUACUGAGAAAACUAACCAAGCCAAUCGAUCUCUUAGUUCGGAUCUAAUUCCGAUAAAAAUAAAGUUCACAUAUUACAAUGUCCCAUCUGAUUAAACCCGAAUCGUCUGAUUUAUUCUUUCCUGGGGGCCUGUUCCUCGAUAUUGAUUCAGCUCCUGCGUCGUUUAUUUCGUUGAUAUCGUCCAAGACUUAUUCUGAAGCGGAAAGGGUUUCGUGUUUUUCAUGGGAUCGCAGAAGAACGGUGAGUUUCGAAAUUUUCAAGCGGGAAAGGAGAGCUUCGAGCGCAGUCGGUGGUGGGUUUUUGUCGUUGAGCUUGUCGAUAAACGGAAGCGAUGGGGAUCAGAGCUAUGUUCGAGAAUCGCGAGAAAUUCUGGGCCAGCAUGAGGAUAAAGUUUCGGACAGGUCCGAUGGAUUUAAAGAGAAGGAGAAUGUUCAGAUGAAGGGAUCGGGUGCUUUGAAUAUGACUAAGCAUCUGUGGGCCGGAGCUGUGGCUGCUAUGGUUUCAAGGACCUUUGUAGCACCUCUGGAGAGACUUAAACUGGAAUACAUAGUUCGUGGUGAACAGAAAAACCUAUUUGAGGUCAUUAAGGAAAUUGCAACUUCUCAAGGGUUGAAAGGUUUCUGGAAAGGAAAUUUUGUAAAUAUUCUUCGAACAGCACCCUUUAAAGCUAUAAAUUUUUAUGCUUAUGAUACAUAUAGAAAUCACCUGGUAAGGAUAUCCGGCAAUGAAGAAACCACAAAUUUUGAGAGAUUUGUUGCGGGUGCUGCUGCAGGGAUUACAGCUACCUUGCUCUGCCUGCCCAUGGACACUAUCAGGACAGUAAUGGUUGCGCCUGGUGGUGAGGCCUUGGGAGGUGUAAUUGGUACCUUCCGGCACAUGAUAAACACUGAAGGCUUUUUUUCUCUUUACAAGGGUUUGGUACCCUCCAUUGUCAGCAUGGCACCUUCAGGUGCCGUAUUCUAUGGUGUUUAUGACAUAUUAAAGUCAGCAUAUCUGCAUUCACCUGAAGGAAGAAAAAGAAUUCAACAUAUGAGAGAACAAGCUCAAGAACUGAAUGCUUUGGAACAAUUGGAAUUGGGACCCCUUAGAACUCUAAUAUAUGGUGCUAUUGCUGGUUGUGCAGCUGAAGCUGCUACAUAUCCCUUUGAAGUUGUUCGGAGACAGCUUCAAAUGCAAGUUCGGGCAACAAGGUUGAAUGCACUGGAAACUUGUGUCAAGAUUGUUGAACAAGGCGGUGUUCCUGCUCUUUAUGCAGGACUGAUUCCUAGCUUGUUGCAGGUGUUACCAUCAGCCGCUAUUAGUUAUUUUGUAUAUGAGUUCAUGAAGAUAGUUCUCAAAGUAGAAUAGACGAUAAUGACAGCAACUCAAAUGCCAGAUAUUAGUUGAGGACUUGAGGAUGAUGAUAAAUUUCUCCUUUAGCCCUUUUCCCCCCCUUUUGGAGGUGAAGCUGCUGCUGCAUGGAGGAGGAACGGGACAUGCCUCACAGAAACAAGUAUUGGUGUUUUCUCCUGAAAUUUUCCCGUCAAGAUUUGAUAUAAUUUGAAUGAAGAGAAAAAGAAGAACCAUCAAUUUUUUGUCAAUUUGAAGAGAAAUAAUGAGAAAAUAGGCUGUGUAUGCGGCUGUCUCUUUCCCUCCAAUUUAGUGGAGUAUUAACUCGAUGGAGACUUUUUUGAGUUUUGAUCUUCUCAAAGAGUUUGAUUUUCCUUGGAUUUUCUCUCUCUUUUUUUGUCUCUUUUUUUCCGGUUUCAAUUGGCAACUUCUCUGUUCUGCAAUUACAAAUAAUCCAAUUUGACAUUUCUGUUCCUUUAUACAUAUGAUCCAAUUUUAGGGUCAUUGAUGUUA